CGACCGGGGUGGAGACGAACGAGAGCGGGGACACGGGGGACACGGAGAUGAUUCACGCGGACGCGGACGUUGACGCCGCCUACCUCCAGGAUGGAUCGCUCGACGAUGUCGACGAGGGCGCGUCGCGAGACGUCCCGAACGACCGGUCGGAGUCCGACUCGGACGAGAUCGACGUCAUGGACGCGGGGGCGUCGCCUCCGAACGGUUCCGAUACGACGACGACGACGACGACGACGACGGACUCGCCCAUCAGCGUCUCAAACCGGGAGACGAACGAUGAGAGGGAGGCGACGACCAAACAGAUGGGGAAGCUGACGGUGGGCGGCGGCGCGGCGGAGGUCAUACCCCUCAUCGACGAGACGGAGUUCCCGCCGCUGGGCAGAUGAGCCCCGGCGAAGAAGCCCCACCGAACGUCGCGCGCCACGAAGGGAAGGGAAGAGGUACGAGAGGUUCGAGUAUUUCAUAUAGCGCAAUCGGUCCAGUGAGUAUUUCAUAUAGCGC